CUUCACCUCUAUAUUGUAACGUGACUAUAUAGGGCCUCAAACCCAAAACCUAAGUGCACCUCUGCUGCGUGCCGUUUCCUCUGUCUCAGCUCAACGAGCACAGAACACAUGGAAAACCGUUCCUGGACCUGCAGUGAGAUAACCACGCUGAAUCUAUUAGAGAGAUCAAACACAAUCAUCUUCAACCUUCCAGCGUUUCAUAAUUUUUUGUCUCUCAGAGCAGUUCCAGUUCCUCUCUCAGAGACACCGAGGUUUUCCCUUCAGCGCCACCUUGUACGUCAAUGGCAUCAUGGUGGCGAGGAUCAGCUCCUGCUGCGAGUACCGCUACGCUCCCGGUUUCCAGCAGGGCAGGAAGAGCUGCUUCAGACUGUCAUGGCUGGCGGGUGGGAUCCCCUGCCACAGAUGUACAAGUCUCCGAAACAAAUACAGCUCCUGCCAGCAGCUGAACAACGGCCCAGAGAAGAACUUAAUUCUCCCUCUAGAGCAGAGCCCUGGCAACGGCACAGUUGAGUCCUGUCCGUCAUCGCCUCUAUUCGUCCCGGCCAAACCAGAGAGGAAAUCGGUGAGGAGGGUGAGGAAGCACAUCAGGGACGGUGGUGGAGCAUCUACAGACAGCGAGGACCAGGCCGCAGCCAGGUUCACAGAGAGCGCCGAGAAGAAACGAAAGAAGAGUCAGACUCGUCGUAAAGACAAAGGCCAAGGAGGCAAGAGAGCAGGGAAUGAAGGACGGGAGGACGGACAGAAACGGAGAGGAGUGGAGGUGUCGCAGAGGUCAACGGUGACAGAAAAAUGUGAUGAGCAAGCAUCGUCUGCAAGGGAAGAGCAGAAAACAAGCAGCAACGUCACAGCUCUGCAGACGGAAAAGCAGAGACCGAACAAGACGAGCAACACUGUGGAUUCAUUGCAGGUUGAGGAAGCACCGACGAAGCAGACGCGAGUGAAACAGAAGGAGCAGGGAUCAAAUGGGAAAAACAGAGAUGGGGAAAGACUGAGGGACUUCUAUGAGGAAUGUGUGGAAAUGAGCGGCGCGUUGGAGCGAGGCCCAAACAAACACAACUGGUUCAAGGCAAACAUCCUGGAGAGGUGCCGGCUCCAGAAGAGGCUCUCGUCGGGCCCCAGAGCUCUGGGCUCGGACGUGGAGCUCAGUCCAGAGAGUGACACCGUCCUGCAGCCGCAGGGAGAGCCGGAGGAAGAGGAGGACACGGGCAGCCAGAGCCCUGAUGAAGACGAGCCUGAUAAAGAACAAGAGCUGCAGGAACAGCUCGACGCCAUGAUGACGGUCCUGAGCACAUCCGAUGAGGUGGAGCAGCUGGUCCUGAGGAACACGGACCUGACGGACGACCUCCUGCUGAGACUGGCCGGGGCCCUGAAGUCCAGCCUGUCUGAGGUCGCGCUGCUCAACCUCAACCUCAACCUCAUUGGCCCAUACGGCUCUCACAUCCUGCUGGACGUCCUGAGAGUGAAGCCUCAGGUCAAAGGCCUUCACUUGUUUGGAAACAAACUGCGUGACCAUGGCGUGAUGACCCUGCUGAAUGGAAUAGCGGAGCUGCAGGAGCAAACAGCGAGAACCGCUGCUGCCAUCCAACAGGCAAUGCUUUACCCAUCGGAGCAAAAUAUGCUUCUGCAGCUCCCCACCGGGUGGCGCUCCUUCAGGGUUUUUACACUUUUAGAACUGGAUAUUGGGGGAAACGGAUUAGGCAGCGAGGGGGUAAAGGUGUUGGCGUCGUAUUUGAGGCACCACUCGUAUCUCCAGUAUUUGGGGCUGGCUCAGACCAGCGCCGCCGAUCUGGCCGCGUGGAAGGAACUUUUCGACAGCCUGAAGGUAAACACCUCGCUGACUCAGAUCAUCCUGGACGAGAACAACUUGGGGGACCCGGGCGUCAGGCUGCUGGCCGACACGCUGAAGGAGAACACCGGUCUGCGGCAGGUGGACCUGGACAGGAACGGCAUCAGCGACGUCGGAGGAAAUGACAUCAUGGGGGCGCUGCUCUGCAGGGCGCGGCUCCCAAUGAGGCAUCUGAGCCUUCAGGAGAACAACAUCAGUGCAGGGCUGAUGAGCAGGAUCCAGGAGGAGGUGAAAUACUAAGGAUUUCUGCAGGAGGGAGGAAUUAUCAUUAACCCAUUGGAUCAUUUGUUUACAUUCAGAGGUCACGAAGGGAAAGUGACCCACUGGACUGGUUUGACCUUCAAACAUACACACACACACACACACACACACAGGAGGAUCUCUCCCUUCCUACAACUGGGUGGCCCGGCUCAGAAAUGCUGCAUCCUAAUUUAUCCCAGGCAGGUGGCGUAGGAGGUUUGCUCUGUGGUCUGGAUGCAUUUUCAAAGAGAUCACGAAGAAGUCUUCUUUGCGGCGGUGGAGGUUUCAUCUUCACCUUGUCUUUUUUUUUUUUCUUCCUCCCACCAGCGUUACCCCCUCAUGACUCCACACAUCUUACUCUGCUAAAACUGACACGAGCACGAGGCCGACUGAUCCCUCGAAUCGUUCUCUGCCUGCCGACAAAAAAGAAACCGCAGUGAUUCAUUCCGCCCACAGUAUUUACAGGUCACGGAUGACUAAUCCACGGUUUUAUCCCCCCCCCCCCUCCCCCUCCCGGAGCAUUUCAGUAGCCAUCGCUAGAUCCCCUCUCUCCACUUCUACAAAUCAAAAGAGAGUUACGGACGGCUAAGCCAUGCCACGUCAACUACCUUCAUUUUGUUUGUUCUCCUCUCUCCAUGAGUGAGACAGUGCUUCUAUUCAGAAUCUGAGCAGGAGGGGGGGGGAGGAAGCAAAACUAGGGCAAAUUCAGCUGAAUUUCGGGGGCCGUCAUCUCAUUGUUCUAUCAACACUGACAUCCUGAGAAUAACUGCACCUGUGAUCAAAGCUUGUCAAAGUGGUAAUUAUCUCCUCCUCACAGGGCUGCCAGUAGUGAUUCUGCUGAAACCAAUCCCUCCAUAUUUCAUCUGCAGCCGUUGCAAAUUCCUCUCCGUGGAACCUCGAUAACGACGUUCUCCCAAGCCCCCGGAGGAUGACGGAUAAAUGAGACUGGCACACCUGAAGAUUACAUCUGCACAUCCCCGCACUGACUGACAUUGUGUUUGUGGUGUUGUGUAUAUUUAAAACUCUGUACAGCAAAGGAAAGACAUCAAGUGCAUGGAGUCAUAUUUUGCAAUGUCAUUUCUCUGCAUCCAAAGCCUUGCAGAUAAGACAAGUGCGAUUGUGUUAUCAGCACUAAAAAACACUCACAGUUUUGCUUCUUUUUGACUGUUAAUCUUCCAAGAUCUCAACAGACGCACUUGUAGUAGAUUGGAUACAGAACUAAGUGGUACACCACCAUGCCUGGCUGAGCAUAAGCCUGCAAACAAGAGCCGCACUGUAAUUUGCCAACUCCUUCGAUAAGGUCUUUGUGCUUCUCUGUUACAUGUGGAGCUCGGAUCCGUGACCCCCAUUGUCCGUCUGCUAAUGUUAUCUGUAUUUGGCCCGAAACAAAUCCCGCAGUGUUACAAACUUCUUCGUCUUAAAUCUUACAAAAUCUGAAUGUUAGGAGUUUAAAGGUUUAGUCUAGAAACUGUUGCUCCUGAAGCAGUAGCCCAGUGCUGCAGUAGCCACCGUUGUACAGCCCAGAUAAUCAGGUUAAACACUAUUGGUCUGAACAGCAGCUUGCAUACAUCUCAUACUCUGACACACAGGGGUUGAGUUUCAGACAACGGAUCCUGUGCAAUGAGAAAAAUAGAAAUUGAAAAGUCCCGGGAGUUCAGAUUGUUGAGUACGACAAAUGCAGUGAACAACGGUUACUAACACUCACGGGGAGUUCAGGGAUUCAGACGUCCUCUAAAGUUGCAAGAGACAAUCUUUCACACCGUCAGCAUUUAAAUUGGUUCCCUCGCUUUCACUAUGUAAUGUCUGUCUGCCACCGGACACAAAAUGUCGUGUGACAAAAGAAGGUUAGCUCUACUCCACAAAGGAAGUUCGUCUGCCAUGUUGCAACCAAAACAGAAAGAGGAUUCUGACCGUAAAACUACUAGAGUAACUUGGUUGUUGUUGGAGGAGGUAAAGACCGAUUGAAAAGCAAGACAGAAACUUGAAGGGUUUUUACGAUGGUUUGGCAACGACUAACAUUCAGCCCCAGAUUUAGCCGAGACUCAUCCCUGGACCUGGUCAGUGAAGUGGAGCCAAGUCCUGCUCUCAUACCUAAAUGACAGGCAUUACAGAGAGGACCGGUACAGAGACUGACAGCAGGAGUGAGUUGACAGACGUAUGAGAAUCCAGGAUGCCAAAAGGGGCGUUGUCACAUCUCUCUGCGUCUCCACUUUUCAGACAAGUCAACCAGCGAAAUGGACGAUUGCCAGGGUCAGACGAAAAGGGACGGAUGGAGCAGAGAGGGAGAGAAGAACAAAGAGAACGGCCCUUGACACAGAUGCUGCAAAAUAAGUAUGUUAGCAUAGAGGUCAAGGGUUGGCCGAAGAAAUCUGUGUUCUGGAGGUUUGCGUGAGCAGAGUGGCCUGGGAUGGAGACUGAAUAGUUUUGUCAGUCCAUGUGGGCAGGAGUGUGUGUUUGUGCACAAUGGACCAGUUUCCACCCUACAUUUAGAAACUCAGGUGGUGUGUUUACGGAAGUCGGGGGGGCGGUGAACCUCCGCCAGAAGAGCUGCGUCUAUUCUGAGUGCAGGCACACGCACCAAUCUGUUUUGUUCACUUUGUUUGAAUCCAGUUUCACUCAUGCAACUUAACCACUUGAGGGUCAUUUGUUUUUAAUUCCAAAAAUAUUUUUUUCACAUGAGACUCGUUGCAAGUCCUGAAACCAGUUCUGGCCAAUUAAAUUCCCUGUUUGCCAGUUUGAUGGUGAAAUCCUGUGCCCACAGAAAACCAUGAUGUGUUCUUGAUAAACAGCAGCUUGAAGACCUGUGUCCUAAUCUUGCAGGGGAGUGCGAGGAAGGGAGCAGGAAGUUGACGUUGGCUGCAGUGAAGCAGAAGAUGAGCGUGGACGGACCUGGCUGAGGAUGAGAGAGAAGGCUUCUGAGAUGUGAGACCUCUCCAAAGCAAGUCUCCUUUAUCAUCAUGAACAGGACGGCAAUUUAUAGACCAGAUAUGUUCUCGUGAUGAUGCAUUGCAAAGCUCCACUUACAUAAAAGCUGAUCGUGACAGCAACUUCGUUUAGAUCAAACAAAUCUGUCUCAUGUGCUUUGAUCUUGCAAUGCGAUGCCAAUACCAAUAUUGUUUUCUUGAAAGUAAUCAGUAUUUCCACCAGGACCAACAAAAUAUCUGAUGAAUCUAAGACAUCACAAAAUUACUAAAGGGACACGAGAAUUAAAUCAUCUCAUUAUUUUCUUGAGAAAAAUAUGA